AUCCCACAAACAUCCGGACUCCAAGGUAUUGGUGCACCCUUGAAUCGUAUCGGCACAUUGCGCUAGAUCACCUGUUCUUCUGCGUUCGUUUCCUCAAUCUGCAAUCUAACACGACGCUACCACAUCAUGCCGCCCAAGACACCACAAGAAGUGUUGGCCGCCAUAGAAGCUCUGCACGCUGAUCAUGAGCUCUCCAUACUUCGGCUCAGCGAACCCAUAGCAGCCGCAGAGGGCCCGUCAGCUGCACGCAGAAACUCGCAAGACCCAGGCCAACGGACUUCUGACGUGUCAAAUGCAUCCCUGGACGAUGCGCCUACCCCCGCCUCGCUAGAAGGGGAUCUCGAGCACUAUCGAGAGCUCUUCGCAAAACUCCGCUUCAGUUAUGUUGAGCAGGUCACCAAGGAGAAGUUUAUCCGCGCGAUUGUUGGCGACCCGCCUCUGAUCGUCACUCCUCAGGAGAAUCUCGACUUGGAAGCGCAGAACCUCGAGGCGAAAGCUGCGCUCAAGGCCCUCAAGACAGACGUCACAGAAACGGUGGCGCGGCUCGAGGCGCGGGCACUCGAGCUGAGCGCCAAGCAUGAGCGCCUAUCUGCAGAAAAUUCCAGGCUCGCGGGCCUUCCACAGAGGAUCAAAGCGCUUGAGGAGUCUGUCGCAGCUCUGAGGCAGACACAAGAAGCGGCAACCAGCAAUCCGAACCCAGAUCUGAACCUGCCUCUGAGCAAGACCUUGGAAUUGGUGGAAGCCAAGAAACGGCAGAGGGCUGAGCUUGAUCGACAGCUCGAACAGUUGCAAGCCCUUGUGCCACGCAAGAAGAAGGAGCUGGAUCGCCUGCACGCAGAGCUGCAGCCCCUGGAGACGAAACGCAACAACAGCAGUGCGGCCGCGCGCGAGGCGAAACGGCGGAAGGACGCUGCGCUGGGCGGGGUGGAGGACGACCUGGAGGAGAGAGGACGAUGGUACAGAGCAGCGGAUGCCACACUGCGCCAGCUGCUGAAUGUGCCUGCUUGAAGCCUACCCUAGGCUGGGGGUUGAGCAACGGCGGCGUAUGGGAGAUCAGGGCAAAUUAGGCAUUCGGGCGGCGUUUGUGACGGGGCACUCCCUGAGAUAUCCAUGGGCUCAUGUUGGCGUCAGGAGUUGUGUUGCGACCAUUUCGUUUAUAGAUGUUGUAUUUACAUGAAUUGCCAUGAUGCCUUGUUCGAACUCACA